CGAAGUUUUGCACGGCAAACGCAGUCUAACCCAACAACACAGCGAAAAUGUCCAAAAAAACGAAAACCAGGAAGAUUAUUGUGCGAGUUAACGGUCAAGCCAACCAGGGGGGCAGGAAAGAAAUGGAAGAUUUUAAACGCGUGCAGUUCGAUCGCGAUCCAGAGCAGGCAUUUUUCGCGGUUUUCGAUGGCCACGGUGGAAGGGACGCGGCUCACUUUGCCCGGGAACAUUUAUGGGACGCGAUAAAAGGACAAAAGGGAUUUUACUCGGGUGAAACAUCUCGCGUUGUAAAAGCUAUCAAGGACGGAUUCAUGGCUACACAUUGCGCGAUGUGGAAACAACUCGAUUCUUGGCCUCGUACAAGACAUGGACUGCCAAGCACAUCCGGAACCACUGCAACCGUUGUUAUUUUGAAAAGUAGAACGCUGUACAUAGCUCACGUUGGUGAUUCUGGCGCUGCUCUAGGGCGAUUGAGUAAAGAAAACAAACUACAAGCGGUCGCUCUCACUGCCGACCACAAGCCCGACGUUCCUUCGGAAAAGAAUCGGAUAGAGUCACUCGGCGGAAAGGUCCUCUCUCGUAAUGGUGUCCCGCGAGUGGCUUGGGAGAGGCCCGUCCAUCAUGGACACAAAGGCCCUGUCAGAAGAAGCACCCAAACAGAAUCUGUCCCGUUUUUGGCGAUUUCGAGAGCGCUUGGUGAUCUUUGGAGUUUUGACUACUAUCGGAGUGAAUUCAUCGUCUCUCCAGUCCCUGACGUUCGAGUUUACAAGAUUACGCCUGGUUUCGACAAGUUUUUGAUCAUUGCAUCGGAUGGCCUAUGGGGGGUUAUGAGGGUUGAAGAGGCGGUAAAAAUUGUUCAUAAUUUUGACAAAGAUGACCAGUUCAAAGGAGGAGAUGUAUCGCACAGGUUAAUAAGCCGGGCCUUGCAAAGAUGGCGUGACCGAGAGCUUCGUGCAGACAACACUAGUGUAAUAGUUGUCCAUUUCGAUGAGACAGAGCCUGAGGAACCGCGGAGUAAAAUUCCCAGACUAGAUACCCCUGAAAGUGAAGAAGACGCGGAGACGGACGUAAAUCAGUCCACGGAUUCUUCGCAAGAGAGUGAUGGAACACCCAAUCAAGACUUGAACUUAACAGGUGAUAAACCAGCACUGGUGAGGAAGCUAGCAUUCCGCUGCUCUGAUCCACUCGAAUUAUCUACAUGCAUGAAUAACAGUUUCCAGAUGUCAUCGAAUGGACUUUUAUCUACAUCAAAUUUGCAAACUUCGAACUGUUCAUCGCCGGUGGUGUAGACGGAAAUGUUUGCCAUGUAUACCGCCCCACAACUAUCGCAGAUGUUCCAUACAGUACCGCUCCGAAUUCCCGCAGUCCACUCCAGAGUAGUGAGCCCGAUCACGUGGACAACAGGCUAAUAUUCUUGGUUCUCAUCAAGCACUGCAUCACAUCACAACAAGCUACAAAACAAGCGCGGAUGUUCCAUAAAGUACCGCUCUGAAUUCCCGCAGUACACAACGGAGCAGUGAGCCCGAUCACGUGGACAACAGGCUAAUAUUCUUGGUUUUCAUCAAGCACUGUACCACAACACAACAAGCGCGGAUGUUCCAUACAGUGCCGCUCCGAAUUCCCGCAGUCCACUCCUGAAUAGUGAGUCUGAUCACGUGGACAGCAGGCUAGUAUUGGUUUUUAUCAAGCACUGUGGAAAUGUUGUAGGAAUUUUCGGUUAGUCUAUGUUUGGAAAUCUUGUUCUUGGUGAACGGUAUCAAUGGUUUUAAUGGCUCAAAGCCGGGCUCUGUAGUUGUACAUAUUGUAGAUAUCCAACGCAUUGCAUUCGUGAAAUUUUUUAAACCUGAUUAUGCAAAUAAAAAUACACCAGAAUGCAUUCAGUAGCUAGGGCUGAAGAGCUUUUACGAUACUUUGUGUAGUUAAAAAGUGUGUUCUUAUUUAUUACUUAUAGCAGUUUACUGCUUCGAAAGGUUAUCAAUAGGAUUAAAAUAAUUCAUCCCUCGACCAGUUUUACGAGGUAGAAAAGAGAAUCGAUUCAGCGGUUCUUAAAUGUAAACGAAUAAAUUUAUUUUCCACUCAAUACUUCUCCAAAAUGAACGCUUUGAUUUUCGUAGAUUGAGACUUCUUUUGCAAUAUCGAUGCACUGUAAAUUCCACAUACAGCUGAUGAGAAUUUUUAAAAAAGUUAUCAUGCAAGGGACAUUAUCUGAAUAUAACGCCCAAAUCGUGGAACUAGUCAAGACCCACGGAAGUGACAAUUGUAAGCUAUUUCUAUUGAAACUGAUCUCAACACAUGAAUAUUGAAUUAUUUAUUAGUACAGCUAAUUGCUGGACCAACGAUAAAAAGAGAAAGGAUAAAGGUCACCUAAUUUCUAUA